GCGCGUGUGGACAGCACACAGCCCGCUUCUUCAUUAGCGCAACCCGAUCCACAAGUGCACGACCAUCCUGAUUUGGCAAAGUCCUUACCGCCCGAUGCCAGCUUUCCAUCAUGGUACGCCCACUAAAUGGCAACGCCAAGGCGAAUCAGGCGCUAGGCGCACCUUCAGCUGUUGGAGUGCGAGUGAACAUUGAUACGCAAGGAGGAGUGGCUCAGGCCAGCUCAGAAGGCGCUUCUCCGAUGUCGACUUCGCCAGAUCUCUACAAGCCACAGAUGCUUCAUCCAGCCGAUUCGCCAGGCAGAAGCAUAGAUGCCACUGCCCGGCCCACUCGGCAAGGAGCCAGCGCCGCAGGGGUGAGCCAGCCCGGUGGAAGUGCUGCGAGCAUGCUACAUGCAGCAUGGAGCUUGGCUGCUGAAGCUAGUGCGAGCGCGGACGGCUUGGAAAGCGUCUCGACCGCUCUCAGAGGUCAAGCUGCUGCUGUGGUCGCCAAAGCCGGAGCUGGAAAUGGCCGAACUGGUGUUGACGCCGGCGCUGUUGGAGGUUCGGAUAGCGUGGCAUCUGCAACCCUUGGUGUGGGCAGCGCUGCUGCUGCGGGUGCGAUGGCGGGCACUAGCGAGGCGAUGGCUCGGAGAGCGAGCAACUCUGCUCAAUACUCUGCUGCGCUCUCGGCCCAAAUGUCGAGCGCUCUGCAAAGCAGCCAGAACAAGGUUGCGACGGACCCCGUUUCCGCAGUUGCGAGCGGAUCUGGCUCUUCGCCGGAGACUGUUGCGACGGGACAACUUGAAGCAACGCCAGCCUUGAUGCAACCAGAAUCGCCUCGUACUGCUCAAGCCCAGGUUGGAGAGCUAGCAGCCCGCGCCGCAUUGAUGGAAGGCGAGAGCCAGAUGCGGGUGGUUGCCAUGUUGCAAGCUAGUAUCGGUGGCAGUACGAGCGCACAAGAAGCUGCUAUCAUGUUGCCUCCUGCUAGCGUCACAGGACUUGCAGCUCGAAGAGCCAGCGCCUCUGCGGCGGCGGCGGCGGCAGCAGCAGCAGCAGCAGCGAGCAACUCGACGGACACACCAAUCCGACAGACUACACUCGCUGCUGCCCAGAACAGCGCCGUUUCUUCUAGCAAUGCUUCCACUGUUCCCUCUUACCUCGACAGAUUGGGCCUCUCGCACAUCAGUCUGCCCACUUCAGGCUUCGAACAGGCGUGGGGCAGACCGGCAAGAGAUGCUGGUCAGGCACAGCCAUUGAAGAAGGGAGAAACGUCUAGCAGACAUUACUGGGAUGCGGGAGAUCCCAGGAUGGGCUUCAAUCUGGCGGGUGUUCCAAGCAUGCCUCUCAUGCCAACGCCACCGCUACAAAUGUUGCCGCCUCCUACGUCUCCGCACCAUGCCAGGCGCGGAGGCGGAGUCGACCUGCCGACGACACCAUUCUUGUCAUCUUCGAACGAAUCUCGAGGUCAUCAUGGCACUGCGCAUCGCGUCGUCGGUAGUCCGGGGUUGAGCUCGACAUUGCCGUACCCGUUUCAGGUGGUCCAGACACCUGGGGGAACAGCAAGAGCCGGCUGGUGGGUGCCUCCCGAACAUGUCGCGCCCAAUAAAAGGAAAGAGGUGGAGAAGCUCAGCGAAGGCGCCUUGGUUGCGCCACGUCUAACGCCUGACCCUUCAGCCACAACAUCAUCAUCGCCAUCAACAUCAUCAGCAGCUUCCGAGGGCGCCAAUGUGCAUGCAGUGCCUACUGCUUCGGCGUACACUCAUCAUGUCUCGAAGGAAGAUCUUAUCUCCACAACUGGCACUCGAGGCGCCUCCUACGUUCAUUCAUCGUCCAAUCAGACGCAGCAGGACUUCGCACCUCCAGUCGAGGUCUUGCCCCUCUUUCAGCCCGCUUAUCGAGUGCUUCAGCCGGACGAAUAUGCUGUCCUGGCAUCUGCGGCUGCGUAUGCCACGGCGGCACUCACCACGACGACCAGUGGCGCGCCAUUUGAUCCCACCGCACCGGCCGAAAGAGCGCUCAAGGGCGAUGUGGUCAUGGAGCGCCCCCUGAGUGCAGAAGAGCAGGAAGCGAUCGCUGUGCAGCUCAGGGCUUGGGCCGGGUUGCAAGGACCUGAAAAGCAAGCGGAAGCGAGGCAACAUUUGGAGGAGCACCAAACUCAGAUAUUUGCACAGCAGCAGCGCAUGCAGUCUGAAGCUCGACUCGACCCUGAUGCAGAAUCUAAGCUCCAGACUUCGAGUCCUCAGCUCUUUCCGCCCGAUUUUGCGAGCCAUUAUAGAACGCAGCUGCGCGCGUUGGCCGAAGGCUACUACACCCGCUUGCACCGCGAUGGACUGGCUCGAGAUCACUAUGCGCCGCACGCAGCCGAGAGGGCAUCCUCCCUCGCUGGUCAUGCCAGGACAUCUGGAGCGUUAUCGUCCACGGCUGUAGCCACGCAUCCAUCUCAGCUGGCCGCAUUCGCGAGCCAACCUGGUCGCCCAGCGAGAGGAGACUCGGGAAAAUGCUUUCCCGAUAGCGCUUUUCAACCGCCUCAGGUCACCCAGCCUGCAUUGCAUUCAGGGCGACAAUCUGUGCGAGAUGCGACAAAUGCCGGUCGCCCGGUCAGCUUGGCCGAAAAGGCCAAGGAAGAUCUACGCGUCGCGCAAGAUGAUCCAGGCACUCUGAAUGCAGAUGCAUCGCCGCUGCCAAGACAACAGCAAGAUCUCGCAAGAGAGGGCAUCCUGCCGCAAAUCCAGCCAGUCGCGGGUCAGGAUCCGCUGGACCUCAUCUCGGCUGCGUCGUCGGCCGCUGGCGUCGAUGUGCACUCUCCAACUGUGCGGGAUCAGCUUCUUCAGUACGCCCACGCGCUCUACUCGAGCGGCACUACCGCAACAGCACAGCAGGGACAGCAGUCGUCGUCGCGGGGCGAAGAUGGGCGAGUGACCAAUGGACAUGCCCAGCAACAAAGCGAGAACGCACCUGCUCGCCCUAGUGCUACUUUGCAUCCUACACUGUUGCCUUUGCUACACACCUUGCACAAGCUGCAUCCCCAGCAUCUGCCCACCCUGCUCUUGCUUUCCUGCGCUUACUACACGUCGGGCGACUUGGCGGCUAGCUUGCACUACAACAAGCAGAUAUUACGAACGGAUCCCAACUACGUGGAGAGCAUGUCCAAUAUCGGCACCACCCUUCGAGCGCUUGGACGUUGGCGAGAGGCGGAAAGCUGGUGGUGGAGAGCUGUUCGUCUGCGACCUGGCUAUUGGGAUGCCUACGAGAACCUCCUCGGCGUGCUUUGUUCUCCACAGCAAGCAAGCGAGGAGGAACAAUCCGUUCGAGUUGAAGAAGAGCGCGUGUCCCCAUCGACCGAGGACAUUUCGCGGCAUCACGAGGGCCAGCAAGAUGAGAAGUCGGGUACGGGGCCGCGCUUCCGAGAAGCUUUGAGGUUGUGCGAGUUUGUCGAAGCUCAUGUGUUCACGCGCCGCAGCGAUCAGGAUGGUAGGGACGCGUCGAGAACGCGAAAAGUGCCUGGUGGAGAUCACCCCCAGUGCAUGCCUCAGCAUCUACCCACGUCGCAAGUAUGCCGGCUCCAAAAUUUGUUCUACGCCAAGGGAAAUCUCAAGUACGUGCUGCCCGAGGCCGGUUUAGUGCCUGCAGCUCGCGCUUACCAGCAAGCGGUUGAAGUGGUCUUGUCGCCCUCGGAGUCUAGCGCACAUAGUUUGCGGGAUCUGGCCGUGGCGACUUGCGUCGCGGGUCUGCUCUCGCUUGGCACGACGUUGCCAGGAUCAGCCGCUGCUCAGGCCGCGAGCGAGGUCGCAUUGUCAAUCGGACUUGAUCCCAGUGACUCGACGCAGACAGCUUUGGUCGCACAAGGCAAUUAUAGCCAGCUCAGCUCACGCGGAAUCCUGGGCGCAGUGCGCGACUCGGGAGACCGCAUCGUCAGCACGCUCUUGCGACUUGGUGGAGGUCAAUUGCCGAUGAUCAUGCUGCUGCCAGACUCUGCCGUGCAGCUUAACCGACUCCUGUUUGCUGAAACGGCUGGUGCGCUACCUGCGAUGUACUCUAGCUCUCAGCAGCAGCGCCAAUCGCCUGCUAAUCAGCAUCAGCAGGCCUUGCAGCAGUCUGCUCAGACCACCAGCACCAUCCUCUUGACGCUAGCCAAACUGUUUCAGGAUGCUACCGCCAAUCCGACUGCUGGAUCUCAUGGACCCUUGACUCUCGGCGGCAUUCCAGCAUCAACAUCGCUCUUGUUGCCACUGUACUAUCUCUCCAUCUCGCUACACCCAUCCGCCUCGACCGCGAACAAUCUUGGUAUCUUGCUGUCCUCCAUUCCCGUCGUGACUCACAUUGUCAAUGCGACAGGCCAACGACAACAACUGAAUGGACAGGCUCUGGCACUCCAAUACUAUACAUAUGGCUUGCAGCUUGAUCCCAGUAACGCUCACUGUCACUGCAACCUAGGCUCUCUACUCAAAGAUCUUGGACACAUCAACGAGGCCAUCCAGAUGUACGAAAAGGCGGUUCAGCACAAUCCCACGUUUGAUGUCGCUUUGGCCAACCUCGGCAAUGCUAUCAAGGAUCAAGGCAGGACGCAAGAGUCGGUACAGUAUUAUCGACGCGCAGUCGACGUCAAUCCCCGCUUCCCGGAGGCGUUGUGCGGCCUCGUCAACGCGCUGCUUGCCAUUUGCGAUUGGCGCGAGGUCUAUUCCGAGAAGCCGGAGUGGUCCGGCUGGAUGACUGCUGUGAGGUCUCUCCUCACAAAGCAACUGCAGGAUGGCGCGAGCUAUGGUGUAGGCGCUUUGCAAGCUACUGCUACGCUGGAAGGCUGGGUUGACUCCGUUCAGACAUCUCUAGGCGAUCGGAGGAAGAGCGUACAGCAGCAGUGGACUGCUCGCUUUGAGCCAUUCUUCCGCUCGCUUGAUCGCGAACAGGCCAGCGUGAACGAGGGUUCCUUCGUCAUUCGCCUGAUUGAACGCCUCCUGCGCCGGAUUCAGCGUCGCUGGUACCUCAGCAGAUAUGGACACUCCGUACGGGUGCCUGCGUCUGAAGCGCAGCCCCAUAUCCAGCCACAAGCGUCAGACGUGCAGCAGUAUCCUCGACUGGCUUUGCCUUCGUGCCUUGUGACGCCAGCAGUCCCGACGGUCCUUCCGUUUCACACUUUUACAUUGAAGAUCCUUCCACGCCACAUUCGUCUCAUUUCUCAUCGCAAUGCGCUUCGACUCACACAACAGACCCUCAGUCAGCAAUGGCUGCCAGCACACGUAUACCCUCCGCCACCGCCACCAGCAUCAAGACUACGGAUCGGCUACGUAUCCUCAGAUUUUAACAAUCACCCGCUCGCGCACCUCAUGCAGUCUGUGUUUGGGAUGCACGACCCGCAACGCUUCGAGAUCUUCCUUUACGCCACCACGGCUUCGGAUGGUAGUCCCUAUCGACAAAAGAUUGAGAAGGAGGCGCAAAACUUCUACGAUGUCUCCACUUGGUCGAACCAGCAGAUCGUGCAGCGCGUCCUGGCGGAUGGUUGCCACAUUCUCAUGAAUUUGAAUGGCUACACCAAGGGCGCGCGGAAUGAGAUCUUCGCUGCUCGGCCGUGCCCCGUGCAAAUGGAGUUCAUGGGAUUCGCUGGCGGUCUGGCCUCGGGCUGGAUCGACUGGCUGAUCGUCGAUCCAAUCGUUUGUCCCCCGGAGCAGACAGCUGGCGACCUGUGGCGCAAGAAGCGAAGAGAGGCCCUGGAGCAAGGCACGGAGCUGGUUGCGCGCCCGACGGAUUUUGCCGGCGAUUUGGAUCCUGAAGAACCGAGCGAUGAUUGGAUGUACACAGAGAGGUGCGUCUACAUGCCAAAGUCGUACUUUGUCUGCGAUCAUCGUCAAGGCUUUAGAGAGCCAGAAGAGCGUCGCGCAAUCGACGGCAGGGUCGUGCAUCCCCACGAAAUGUCUGAUGAGGAGGCGUGGGCGGAAGAGGAACAGAGACGUUGGAAAGCCCGCAAGGAGUUGUUCCCAUCCAUUCCAGACGAUUUCGUCAUCUUCUGCUGCUUCAAUCAGCUUUACAAGCUUGAGCCGGAGGUUUUCAAGGCAUGGCUGGAGAUCCUGAAGCGAGUGCCCAAUUCCAUCAUCUGGCUGCUACGGUUCCCAGCGGCGGGCGAAGUGCACCUCAUGCGGGCAGCGCGCGAAUGGGCCGGAGACGAGGUGGCCUCUCGCAUCGUCUUCACCGAAGUAGCGCCCAAGGGUGUGCAUAUUCAUAGAGGUCGUAUCGCAGACUUGUUCCUCGAUGCUUGGGAGUGCGGUGCUCACACUACGAGCGCCGACAUUCUUUGGAGCGGCACGCCGGUGCUCACCUGGCCCAAGCACUUGCACAAGAUGUGUUCUCGUGUGGCUGCAAGCAUCGUGCAUGCCACCGGGCAUGGUGAUCAGAUGAUCGUAGAUUCUGAAGAGGCGUAUAUCGAGCGUGCAGUAGCGCUCGCUCAAGAAUUACGAUACGAGUACUGGGACGGCGAGGGUAAGAGACUACCGGCAAGCGCUUCUGACAAGCAGGUCACUGCCGAGGCAUUGUGCAUCAACACUGCAAGCGGUGCCGCACAACCCCACGUCGCUCCUCAGCAACAACAGUCGCAGGCAACUUCAGACGGAGUGCCGGCUGCUCAAAAGAAGGGCGCACCUGGGCAGACUACAGAGCAAGCACCAGCGAACGUCAAGCAGAAUGCGGCCAACGCUGCGAAUGCCCCCACGAGCGAAGAGCUGGCCGAGGUCAGUCCACCUCGUUCGCAGAUCCUCCUGAAAAUUGGCCCGCAAGCGCCUGCAGGAGCAAGGACGCGCAGAGGAGCUGGAGAGCUGUCCGACCUGCGCCGCAAGCUGUUCCUGGAGCGCGAUCGAGAUGGAGGUUUGUUCGACACAAAGGCUUGGACGCGCGCGUUGGAAGCUGGCUACGAAGAAGCUUGGAGGAGAUACGUUGCUGGUACGGAUGUGGAAGAUUCGCCAGAGUGGGAAGCCCUGCCUGAGGAUGCGCCUGAGAAAUUGAGCGCGCAUAUAUGGGUGCCAGACGGAUGAAGCGCAACUACGAUGCCCACGCAGCACCUCCCUCCACAUUCCUAUUCAGCUCGCCACGGACACUCGAGAACUGCUGUCGACGCACUUUUUUUUACAGCUACCUGCCAGCUCUACACG